UUCAUUGUCGUAACGGGAGAGUUUGGCGGGCAGCGCAACGGCGAUUGGCCGGUCUUCCUUCCCGUAGUCAAUGGUCGCCGUAGCUGUUCGUUCGAGUAUUCGGUUCAAGUUUUCACGAGAAAACAGUACUACCCACGACUCCCAUCGUCCGGCGACUGCGUCGACGAAGCUCGAAAGGAGGAAGGAUUCUUAACAUUUACUCCAUAACAUCGAAUCAGAGAAGCUCCAUAAAAAAUGAGUUCAAACGCAUGUUAUAAAUGUAAUCGAAUGGGCCACUUUGCACGAGAAUGUACACAAGGUGGUGGAGGCGGUGGCAGAGGAGAUCGUGGCCGUGAUCGAGAAGGAGGAUUUGGACGUGGUCGUGAUAAAUGCUUCAAAUGUAACCAGUUUGGACAUUUUGCACGUGAAUGUAAAGAAGAUCAAGACUUAUGCUAUCGUUGCAAUGGAGUUGGACACAUUGCAAAAGAUUGCCAGCAAGGUCCAGAGAUGAGUUGUUACAAUUGUAAUAAAACUGGACACAUUGCUCGCAGUUGCCCAGAAGGUGUUAAUGAUUCUGCACGCUUUGCUAUGCAGAGCUGUUACAAUUGUAACAAGACGGGGCACAUCGCUCGUAAUUGCACUGAGGCAGGAGGUAAAAUUUGCUACAUUUGUGGCAAGACGGGGCACAUAAGCCGCGAAUGCGAGGAGGAGAGGAAGUAGGAGAUAACCCAAAUCCGUGCCGCUCGCUUAAUGAUAAUGAUAAGCCGUUUACCAUCGUGCGCGCCACUACCGGGGAUUGUAGCUAGGUAGGGAUGUGCGGACGUUUCUCUCAGCGACGCGUGUUAUCGCAAAAGCGUGUUCGUCAUUACCGUUCGAAUUUUCAUCUCUCCAUGCCCAACUCCCGGAGCUCCUCCCUCUCCCAAAUCUCCUUCCCUGUGCCCACCGUUGUUCUCUUUCACAUGGAUUUUCUUAUAAUGUCUUUAAGUUUUUAUUGCUGUUACACUACACCACACAUCCGCGCGCGCACAAAGUACAUUCACACACGAACACAUCUACACCAACAUUUACACGGAAACACACACACUAUACGAUGUAAUAUUAUAAACAUUCGAUUGAAUUAGAGUAGCAACAUAAAUCCUCUGUCCCUUGACCUUCAAACUAUCUUGUACGUGAAUUAUUUCGUAAUGCAAGAUGUAUGGAUUUUGGAAGCAUUAAUGAAGUUCGCAAGGGCCACCAUCUCUUAAAACUGUGUGACAUUGAUCAGUCCAACAGACUCUAUCUUAUCUUCCCUGGUAUAUUGAAAAGGAAAUUUUAUGAACUGACUGAAGGACUUUGUAAUGUUAGAAAGGGAUGUUAUGACCGUGGGAAUAAUGGCAAAUUUAAGUCAUAUUCCUUUCUCACAUCCACGCAUCUUGUAUUCGGUCCUCCCUCUCAAACUCUCUAGCUGAAUCACGUUAAAUUUCAAAAGUAAAAUGGGAAAGGAAAGGAAAUAUAUAAACGUGCUGGCCCCGAAUGCAUAAAAAUAAGGUUUAGUAACGCCAAUUUUUAACGUGUAAGGAUGUAACGAGGUUCGCAGAAUGGUUAUUUUUUAAUAAUAUCUGCUUUCAUAAAACUACAAUAUGAUUGUAAAACAUGCAAUGUUUAUAAAUUCAUAAAUAUAAAAUAGUGCUGGACCAUCAUGUUUUAAAAUCUGCCCAGAAAGCAGAACAAUAACUAUUUGUGUAAGAUUAAAAAUUGGUAUGGCCAUCUAAGAUUGCUACGCUUUUUAUGUGUAUGUAUGUAUAUAUACACAUGCAAAAUUCAUUAAAAGUUCAGGCAUUUUAUAUACAUUAUCUCGAAAAUAUAUAAAGAAAAUCAUCAUUGUUCGUAUUUCCAAAUGAUCAUUAUGAUCUCGUAUAGCAAAAAAAUUACUGUAUUAACCUUAUAAUAUCCUUACAUGUGGUGAAGUACUUCGUUACUAAAUACAUGUGUGUGUAUAUAUAUAUGUGUGUGUCUCAAAAUGUAUAUACAUAUAUAGAUACAUAUGCGCAGGAGCUGUAUUUUGUACUGUAAAAAGCUAGUUAUACUCUGGUCGUUGCUGGUGACUAAUUCCGGUGGUUCUUGUUUUUUACAUCGCAGAAAAAAAAAAUGAUAUUUUCAUGUAAAGUACUAUAUGAAUCUUUUUUUUUGUAAGUCGCAAAGUGAAAAUUCGUGAAUAAGCUUUACAUAAUAACCUUGAGUAUUUAAUAGAAAAAUAAAAUAUAUCGCAUAAUAUCAACUUGACUCAUACUCAAAAGUUAUGAAUUUCACACGAAAAAAAACUAAAAAAGAAAGAAACGAAGUUCUAGCUGAAAGUUGUUACUUUUAUGCGAGUA